CUUCAGCUCACUCACAGUGGAGAAGCGCACAAGGAACGUCCGCUCUUAAGACUCAACUCAUCUUCACACUGAGAAACACCAACACAGUGCGGGUACUGACAGAUUGAGCUCUGCUGCCAUGGAGGGUAAUCACAGUGGCCUGACCGGCAGCACACAGCCGUUUGUGUCAGGAGAGCAGACAGACGGACACGUUUAUGAGGUUGCGGUACAGAACAACUCCACCAACCACAGCUCCCAGUUUGCAGAUGUGGCUCUGCUGCAGACGUUCAAGCCCCUCAUCAUCCCCUGUUACGUGCUUGUUGUGGCAGUGGGCGUCUUUGGGAAUUAUCUGCUGCUCUAUGUCAUCUGCCGAACCCGCAAGAUGCACAAUGUCACCAACUUCUUCAUCGGAAACCUGGCCUUCUCUGACAUGCUCAUGUGUGUGACCUGCGUCCCUUUCACUCUCGCCUAUGCCUUCAACCCACGUGGUUGGGUUUUUGGCCGCUCAAUGUGCUAUCUGGUGUUCCUCAUCCAACCAGUCACAGUCUAUGUUUCAGUCUUCACACUCACUGCUAUUGCUGUGGACAGAUAUUAUGCAACAGUUCAUCCCCUGAAGAAGCGCACCACUGUGGCCACCUGUGCCUCCGUCCUCACCGGCAUCUGGCUGCUGUCCUGUGGGCUGGUGGCUCCAGCAGUCACCCACACCUACCACGUGGAGUUCAAAGAUGAAGGCUUCACCAUCUGUGAGGAGUUCUGGUUGGGGCAAGAGAAAGAGAGACGUGCUUAUGCAUACAGCACCCUGUUGGUCACCUAUGUCCUGCCAUUAUCGGCUGUCUUUGUGUCUUAUCUCUGUAUCACUGUCAAACUGAGGAACUGUGUCGCACCAGGCCACAGGUCACAAAACCAGGCAUGCGCUCAACAAGCCCGUAAGAGGAAGAUCUUUCGCCUUGUUGCACUGUUGGUGUCUGCCUUUGCAGUGUGUUGGCUUCCUAUUCAUGUAUUUAAUGUGCUGCGAGACAUAGACAUCCACCUCAUUAACAAGCGCUACUUUUUACUCAUCCAACUGCUUUGCCACCUGUGCGCCAUGAGUUCAUCUUGUUGUAACCCCUUCCUCUAUGCGUGGCUGCACGACCGCUUCCGUGCCGAGUUACGGAAGAUGUUCAAGUGCCGUCAUCGCAUUGGAGUGCCUGCAAAUCACUGUGCUGCCAGUGUGGUCUUGUAAUUACCUGCUGAAGAGAAUCCUUUGUCAUUAUUUCUGUGUAGGUUGCCGAUUCAUCUUAAGUGUAUGUGGUUUACUUUGCUGUGUCACCAAACUAAUGGAGUUCAUCCUCUGGUCACUAGUAAAAUCCACAGAAACUUUCAUGGCAAUCCAGCCAUUAGUAAUGUUCAUGUUCAUGUACAAAGAUGAUCUCUUGGCCUCUUGAGGCGAGGUCAGUCUUUUGGGCAGCAUUCUGUGUUCAGUUACUUUAAUGGCAAUCUCCCCCUUACAGAGUUUUAGAUAUGAAAUAAAAAAAUAAUAGCAAUCUAAGGAGGGUCAGUUGGUUGAUGAAGUGAAGAGUGUCCUAGCUGUUAGUUAUCUUGUGUGAAAAGUUUAUUAUUUGACCGAAGGUUGUCGCUGUAGGGGACAGCUCAUAGAGGUCCAAAAGCAGAGAGGGUUCAUCCGCUGGGAAACAUCAGUGUGCCCAGAUAGGCCAGGUCAGUAUCCUCUGGGGACUAUGAAUAUCAGCAGCAGAUUUCGAUAAAAUCAGGCCAUGAGUUUUCCAGGUGCUUUGAUAUGGACCUUAGUGUUGGAUCCUUUCACAUUACAGUUAAAGGUCAAAGGGUCACAGUAUGUCUUUGGAAUCAUCCUCUGAAAACCAUGACUAUUUAUACCAAACUCUAAGGCAAUGGAUGGACAGACUGACACACUGACCAGCACUGCUGCUGGAACGAGGAUUACCAGCCAGUCUAAACACAGGUUUAUUACAAGUUCCACUCUUUGCAGUAAAAACUGAGACACCUGUGAGAAAAGACUGCAGAGAUGUGAAUGCUUGUGCACCUUAAAUAUUAAAUGUAGUAUACUGUGCGUAAGCUGCACACUUGCCCUGUAUGCAAUUGUGUGAUAUGGAAUGAUUUGUUUAAUAAUCUUUGUAAUAAAAGAUAAUGGCCCUGUGACAUAAAUGAUGAGAUCUUAAGGGUGUCAGCUUUCCUUUAACAUAAGAAUGAGAAUUAAAACCGAAAAUGGCCAGGACAAAGCAAGAUACGAAUAGU